AUGUUGACGAACAGUAAGCAACAUCUUCUGUAUGUUACACAUCCUGUGACCCAGAGAAGCACAAAAGUACACAGAGUAGGUUCAACCACCUUCUUGAUUGGAAAAACACCCAAAAGAAUACGCAGGAGACAGUUUGAGGAAAUGGUAUCUCACUUUAAUAUGGGAUCAGUGAAAGACCUUGCAGAACAUAUUGCAAAAGCUACAUCAGAAACCAGGCAGAAAAUGUUGAAGGAAUUCUAUGUUUCCAAGCAUCCAGAGAUGGAGCCUUUCUUCUCACUUGAAAUACCAGCAGAAGCUUCACAUAACUGUGAGGAAAGAGAACUGGGUGCAACACACUCCAGGAAGAGAAAAUCCACUUUUAAUUGUGGAAGAUCUAAGUCUAGACCUUCAUCAGCUAAAGGGCUACUUCUCAGUGGAACGACAGAAACACAGACCCAGGAGAGCCAUAAAGGAGAAGCAGAACAGCUUCACAAGGACUCCCACUUGCAAGAUAUGUUUGUUGAUGCAAAAUGUAAACAGUCACCCACUGUUGCUACUCAACAUAUCCAAAGAAGAAACAGUCAGGCAUUCAAGGAUUUUAUGGCAUCUGGCUCAUUAAGCAGUAAAUCAGAAAUAAUUGAGGUGCUGCCUGUAGAAAGUUGUAAAGGAUUGCAAGACUCAGAAAGAACACAGUUGCCAAAAAAAAGAUCCAUGUCUCAGUCAGAAAAUACAGAGAGAAAAGCUCAGAUUUGCAAGAAAAAUUCUUUUGUGGACUUACUUGGAGAUACCUCUAUUCUUGAUGAAAUCUUCAGAAAUGAUGGAAAUGGGUCUACAGGAUCACCAAGGAGAUUGUCUUCAGGACAAGCAGAAAAAUCAAAGGGGAGACCAAAAGAUUUCUGGGAUAUGCUGAAUGAACAGAAUGAGGAGAGCCUCAGGAAACUCACAGAUGUAGCAGUCGUAGAGAAGCUUUGUGAAAGAGUCCCCCAUUCCACAGUGACAGAAGAGGGAGAAGUGUGUGAAAGUUCUCUUUGGAAAAGAAAUGAAACUUUUUUGUGGAAAAAAUACACUGUGGAUGAUUGAGAUGAGCCAUCCACUGCUAAAUUUUGUAAUGUAGUAAAAUGAAAGUUUUUUAUGUAAGUUGCAUUAUAACUAUUUUAUUUGAACUUUGUCAGUGUCAUGCCACAAAAUGUGGUAAUUCCAUGAAAUUAAAGGUAAAACAAUUCAUAUUUAUAGUGAUACAGAAUGACAUUUUACCAAUGUGAGUAUGUAUGCAAUUAGUUAUGGAGUGUGUAAUACAUAUGUGCAUAGUCAUGCAUAUGUACUAUGUAUUGUAACCUAUGAUAUAAAAUGAUUUUAUAUUAAACUUUUUCAGAAUUUUCUGAGUGCACUUUGCUUUCUCUAGUUCUUGAUUGUAUCCCUAGGCUCGAUAGAAGCAUUAAGGAAUUUUUUCCCUUUACUUAAAUUUGGACAUUGUCAGUCAUCUCAACACAAUUUAGAGAUAAUAGGAUUUGACAAUGAUACUGCAUAUAUUUUCUGAGGUGCUAGAGUCUGGAGGAGUUCCUGAGACAGGGAUGAUGUCUUUGUAUCCAAUAGCUUUUGAUUUCCAUCCUCCAUUAUUUUACUCAGUCUCUGAAGCUGUGGAUCUUUGAAAUCUUCAUAGUAUUCUAUAAAAGUGAGUUUCUGAGCUUGGUUGAUGUGAAGAACCACCAAGUUUUAAAAUUUGAUCUUUUUUAUUAAAUUAUAUUGGGUGUCAAAUUUAAUCUCAUUACACUUUCAUCUCCCUUUUUUAUUUUUAUAGACUUCUGUCAUGUUUUUGUCAGGGAAUAUGCAGCACAGUAUAUGAGUUGGAAAUAUGCAGUACAGUGUACAUGUAGUAAGACAUUUCAGCAUCUUGACAGGUUACCAUCUUACGUGUGGAAUGCUGGAUGUAAUAAGACUUCCAAAUGAAAACUAUUCUUCACAGAUUAGAAGAGUGUAAGAUCCUCAGUGUCAUAUCUCAUGUGCCAAGUAGUCUGUCACAUUUUUUUAGUACUACAGAACUGUCUGAAGAGUACCUUGUAACACAUAACUAGAAGAGACUAGGGCUUCAUGUUGCUCUGGAAACUUUAAAUUGAUUUUUUGAUACAAUUGAUACAAGUUUAAAUUGAGUAUACUGUAUAAAUUGUUUCAUGCAAAGGGUAAAUGUUAUGAAAUUUUAAAACCCUGGACACUGAACCUGCACAGCAGCAGUCUGUGAAUGGUGGUAGUUUUUGUGGUCUGGAAGACUGCCCACUGGAAAAUAAGCUUAAAUUUGAUCUGGAGCACCUUCCACUUCAGGUCAUGGGAGGCUGUUGUAGACUACACUCUGUCUCUGUGGUAACCAUUGUGCACAUAUUUUAAGUGGAAACCAUCUAAAAUCCUGAUUGUGAAAUCUGACUUAACUACCUGAAACAAGGAGCUGAGAAUUUAACAUAAAUGUUAAGUAAUAAAAGCCUUGGGGUUUGCAGGUAGCUAAUGUAAGUAAGAUUAAUGUAUUCCCUAACUUUUUCUUACACUGAAUCUAUGCUGUUACCACUUCAUUAUACCAAAUGGUAUAAUGGUCAGUUGGAACAGCUUUUAAAGAAAAGGUAUGAACUAAGAAAGUAAAAGAAGCUGUAAACUGUUAGUCGUUCGUAUAUUGGAAUUAUGUAUAGCUAAAGGAAGUCAGCCUAUAGCCAGGGAAUACCUACACCGUCAUUGAUGUUAAUAAAUAUGAGAUAAAUUAAAGCCUUUUGUUCAUGGCAUCAGUAUUGAUUUUCUUUACAGGUUAGCAUUCUUAUGCUUAGAGAGGCAAAUUGUUCCUUAGGUAAGAAGGAGAAGGUUUGGUGGAAUAAAAAAUGUGGUCAUCAAAUAUAUUAAAAAAGAGGAAGAGAAUGGCCCCUUUGUGUCUGCAGCAAAAAGAGGAGUUAAGUGGCUUAAGUUGCACCAAAGAUGAUGGAAGUUAGGUAAUAGGGAAAGACUGUAGGGAGUUAGGAGGUUGUGUAGUGCCAGUACCUGACAUAUUCAAGACUAGGAAAGAAAAGUACCUGCUAAAACUUGCAUAGAUGAAACUGUCCUUGUCUUAGGCCAGAAGGAGGGACUGAUAACCUUUACCUGAGGGCCAGAAGGGACUAGAUAACCUUGUUGAUUUCACCUGAUACCAGUUCACUGAAGGGAGGCUUCACCUUAGCACCAUGUUUGUCAGUCAUGGUGUGAAUCAGUAGGUGCUGGAGAGGACAAAAUCUGAUUGGGGAAGGUAGGAUUUCUAUUGAUUCCCGAGUAUGAAGCUGUCAUCAUUUUCCUGAAGUAGUCAGAAAAUUGUGUUUCUCUUAUAAGUUGGUGGUAUGCAUAAAUCAAAACUUCCACAGAUGUGCAUGUUUUAUUCACAUGUAUGCCAAAUACUGACAGUAUAUUUGUGAAAUCUGUUUGUUAUAUGCAAAUGAAUUGAGCUAUGGGAACAUGUCUUGAAGUAAUAUUUAUGUCACUCUGUAGCUUCCUGCAAAUUUAAUGUAUUUUACAAGGAAAUAUCACCUAAAUAAUAAACAGUGCCACUUA